CUUUUAUUGUUUGAUGAGUCCGCAGUGAACUUCCGAUUUCUCGAUUCCUAAUGCUCACCUGUGGCUUCUCAUUUUCAUACUUUCAUUGAUUUCGUUCUACUCUCGUUGUUGGGGUGAGCCAACAGCUGAAGUUAGUGCAGGCUGCGUGUUGCUGGCCUCAUGUCAAAUAGUUGCACUUAGCAAUCAUGGCCGCCAACAAUACAACCUUAGACGAAAUCUCCUAUGCGCGCCCCGACAUUAUCCAAUGGUGGGUCUCUGAGGGCGGACAGCCCAUGGACGAGAACAUGAUUCAUCGCUAUUUCUGCGAAUCGCCUUUCUUUGAUUGGAGCACCAAGAAUGGAUUGUUCAUGCAGCAGGCGGCUGUCAAUUUCGAUAUGCACACACUCUCGCGGAAUCGCAAAGCCUUUGAGGAUGCUCUUCGGAAUGCGAGAGGUGUUGAGUACAUGAUUGUUGGUGAACCACAGCUGGUUGCGGACAAAACCCAGGCUGCGCAAGGUGCAAAAACUGGUAUUUGGACCAUCAGGAAACAGGACAGGCAAACCACAUCGGCUGAUCGUUAUCUUCGUCCUCCGGGAGUCAUCCUCGAUGGAGAGUGGGAACUUACAACACUAGGUACUUAUUUCAUCGUGGGGGAAAACGUAUUUCAAGCACCUAGCGUCGCCGACGUGGUGAGCAAUCGCUUGCUCGCGGCGACUGCAAGUAUAAACCAAUUCUUUGAAUUGGCAUCAGGCCUACCUCGUUACAAUCCUUCCAUGGGCUACACGUACCUACCAGUUCCGACGAGACAGACCACGUCGAACCCGCUCUCAAAUCCAUCACCAUCUCAGUCAAGAGAGGGAAGUCUUGCCCCGAAUGCAGAUGCGAUGUCUAUCAGAUCAGGCUCGAUACAACCUGACGCUCCGCCGGACACCAGCGCGCCUACUACAGAGGUCCAAGAUUCUCGUCUUCUCGAGAAUUCGCUUUGGAUGGCGUUCCAAUAUGGAGAUGAGUACAUAGAUGAAAAUCCGCUCAUUGGGGAACCUGGUCAAUUUAAGUUUGCAGCCACCACAACAGCAAUUAGUAAACGACGAGCUGAACAAGAAGAAGCGGAAGCCAAACUCCGUGCCAAAAAGGACACAGCUCUGGCAUCGCAAGGGUCAUUGCAGAAAGCCGAGAAGGCAUCCUCUCCUCCAGCUGUAUUCAGCGAGUCGAAAGCAAGCAGCAAGGCUGAGAAGGGCACCAAGGAGGAGCGACGCACAAGCAAGAUGGGUGAGAAGAUCAAGCGGAGGAAAAGCAGACCUGGGGCUUCCAGUCUGAGUCCAGCGACACCAAUCGGUCCCAGCACACCAAAUGCUGCCACGCCAGCACCGUGAAAGAUAAGAGCACGAGUCAUGGCUACAACAAACUCACUGUAGCUGACCUUAAACUUUGAGGAGCCACACAGAUGCAGUGGCCAAACGAUUUGAUCAUGAAUUGGACUUGCACGCCCUCGAAUAUAGGUAACUCAUCGGUCCAUCGUCGAGGAAAGGAAUCGCCGAGCAGACCAGAUCGACGCUCGGGUUACUAGCUGUACAUUAUUUAGUGCUUCGGAAAGAUCAGCGUAUUCUGCAGUGGAGAUACAGUGCAUUUUGCUGCACAGUGUAUCAAUCUCUCGUGAAUCGCAGAGUGUGGACUGUGGAGUGUGUUCUGCUUUGGGAAUAGCAGAUUAGGAAACCCCUGGAGCACCAUACCAUCCAAAUGAACACACAUUGCGGCCGCAACACUUCUACGUAGUGUUUGGCUUUGUUGCCUUUGUAAUGUUUACAC